AUGGAUUUCAUGAUAUCGGAGUUUUGUCAGGAGAAUGUCACGCAAGUGCUUCACACAUCUAGGAAUCGUGAACACUCGGGUCUUAUGGCGGAGGAUGACGGGCAAAUACUAGAACGAUUGCCACCAGAGAUGGAGCUGGGAAAUGUCGAGUACAAAGCAAAACUCGUGAAUCCCUCGAGCUCCCGCCUACAACAUCUGAUCACGCAAAUGAAAUGGAGACUGCGCGAGGGACAAGGAGAAGCUAUUUAUGAGGUCGGCGUCGAGGAUAACGGAGCCGUUUCUGGGCUCACCGACGAGGAGAUGGCCGCCUCUUUGCACACGCUGAAAUCGAUGGCAAAUGCAAUUGAUGCGAGUGUUGUUGUGGUCACCGAGAGAGAUGUCACUCCACGCGGUUCGUCCAUCCGUCGCAGCGCCGUUGAGGUGUUAGUUCGCAGGGUGCCUGAGAAUCAACAAUUCAUUGAGUUGAGAUUGGCAAUACUUGGCGGCUGCGAUGUCGGCAAGUCAACAAUGUGUGGCGUGCUCACUCAAGGAGGAUUCGACGAUGGACAUGGAAGCAAGAGGCAAAAUUUGUUUAGAUAUCUCCAUGAGCUCAACUCGGGAAAAACGAGCUCAAUUUGCCUUGAUGUGAUCGGUUUCGAUGCUCGUGGAAAGCUUGUCAACUAUGCGCGCAAUUCGUUGGAAGAGGUUGUAGAGAAAUCGACAAAACUCGUCACUCUGAUCGAUUUGGCUGGAGACAUCAAAUAUCUUGGGACAACGAUUCAAGGACUUUCCGGCUACAAUCCACACUACAGUUGCUUAUUGAUCUCCGCCGAGACGGGACCCACCGCCGCGACGCGUGAACAUCUUGGAUUGGCUAGAGCGCUAUCGAUUCCCGUUUUUGUCAUUCUCACAAAAAAGGAUUGCGUUGACAAGCAACAAUUGGACACUGUCUACCAACAAAUCCUCAAGUUGAUGGGUCGAGCCGGGAUUCACGAGGGAUUGAAGAGGGUCAAGACGAAAAGGGAUGCAGUUAGAGCAUGCACCGAAAUGACAGUCAAAAGAAUUGUGCCAGUGCUCAGUAUCUCGUGUGUUACCGGGGAAGGGCAUAAAGUCCUGCGCACCUUCUUGAAUUGUCUCCCGGCGAACAUUGUGAAUGAUGCAAAGAUGAACGAGCUGGCGAACCGAGAGGCUCUUUUCACCAUUGAGGAAGUCUACCAAGUGGCACAUGUGGGAACGGUUGCGUGUGGAAUGCUUUCAGAGGGACGAGUGACUGAGGGAGAUAAAGUAGUGAUUGGGCCAACGAAGAACGGAAAUUUCCAUCUUGCCGAGAUCACUUCGAUCCGACGAUCCCGUCAGCCUGUGCGCACAAUUUUGCCUGGUCAAGCCGCUUCGAUUGCUGUUCGAUUUGGUGGAAUGGAGAUCCCGCUUCGAAGGGGCAUGAUCCUGCAAUCUCCGCUCAACUGUGCCAAGGCGUGUCUCCGUUUCUCGGCCAACAUCCUUCUUCUCUAUCACACUACAUCGGAGAUUUGCAUCGGAUUCCAGGCAACUGUCUACAUUGGAUCGGUGUGUCAGACGGUGAAACUGUUGGAUGUGGAAAACACGUCGCUUGUGCCCGGACAAUGGACCAUUGCUCGUUUCGAGUUCCUCAACAAUUCUGAGGCUCUCCGCGUCGGCACUCCGUUGAUCCUCCGUCAAGGGCGAACCAAAGGAAUGGGUGAAAUCACCGAAGUGCAUUACAUC